GCGAUGGCGGCGGCCGAGGCCGAGUGGGAGCCGGCGGGGCUGCUGCCCGCGCCGGGGGGCGGCCUGGACUGGGAGGCCGUGCUGGGCGAGGAGCUGAGCGAGCUGCUGGGCGCCGCGGCCCCGAGGGACGAGCCGGAGGAAAAUGAUCUCUAUAACUUUCAUUUUGAUUUGGAUUUGAUGUCUUGGGACUCGGACCUUUGGAAUAUUACAGGCCAUGCUUAUGCAGAUGCAAACGUGAAGACAGAACCUUUGUCACCAGCUGCUUCCAGCUGCUCGGUUCCCUCGCCACCGUCUGUGGACUCUCCAGUGCAGAAUGUGCCUGAUGAUGUGGACUUCAGCUGUAGCUCCCAGAUGUCUCCCAUCUCUCUCUACAGCAAGAGCUGCAAAAGCCCUGCAUCCCCAGAAGGAGAUGGGGGGAAGAAGCCUGCUGUGAGCAUCUCUUCUCGAUCUGCAAAUAACUCUGCGAGGAGCCUGAAGAGGUGUGGUCAGACAGUGUCCAGGCCUUUGAUACAGCCCAAACCCCUUUUGCCUGCUGUGCCUGAAGCUCAGGCUAACAUUGGCAUCCCAGCUAAAACCAUCAUUAUCCAGACUCUUCCCACGCUUGUGCCCCUGCCAAAGAAUCAGCCAGUUGUUAACAUCCAGCCAGCACCUCCUAAAGGUCCAUCCGUGGUGCUGCCCCAGCCUGCUGUGGUACAGCUCCAGUCUUCAGGGGUGCUUCCUGCCUCCCAGCCAGUCAUUGCAGUGGCAGGAGGGGCCCCAGCACUUCAGAACCACACGGUGAAUGUGCUGUCUCCAGCUGCUGGGAGCGGCUCCAGCAGCGGCAAAAUCCCGGUGACGAAGCCCCUGCUGCAGAGCAGCGCCCCGGCUGCGGGGCUGGACGCCAACGUCCUGAGGCGGCAGCAGCGCAUGAUCAAAAACCGGGAGUCAGCCUUCCAGUCACGCAAGAAAAAGAAGGAAUACAUGUUGGGACUGGAGGCCAGGCUGGAGGCAGCCCUGCUGGAGAAUGAGAAACUCAAGAAAGAAAACAGCACGCUGAAGAGGCAGCUGGAUGAAGUGGUAUUAGAGAACCAGAAGCUCAAAGUGUCAUCUCCAAAGAGAAGAACAUUGUGUGUGAUGGUGAUACUGGCCUUUAUAAUGUUGAAUUACGGUCCAUUGAGUGUAUUUGAAAAGGAUCCCAAUGGAGCAGAUUCCAGUGUGAGUUCCAACCACCGGACCAGAAAUCUUCUGGAGUUCUCAGCUGGCCAGGAGUCCAGCUCAGCUCAGAAGGUACCUGAGGGCAUCAUUUCCGAGAAGAGCAAUAGGUAUGACCGUUCUGUGUCUGACAACAAAGCACUAAUGAUAGUCUCAGAAGAACCACUGUUAUAUAUUUCACCCCCACCACCCCCCUGCCGGCCCCUGAUCAACAGGACAGAGUCACUGAGGCUGACCCACGAGCUGCGAGGAUGGGUGCACAGGCACGAGGUGCAGCGGACGCGCUCCCGGCGGCUCAGCAACAGCCAGCAGCAGCAGCGAGCUCGAGUGCCACAGAGCUCCCUCAGUGACAAAGCAGAUUCCCAGCUAAUGGCCAUGCCUUACACAGACACCAGUCUCAGCAGGAGCUCAGGGAAUGAACUGCAGGUGUAUUAUGCCUCUCCCAGGAGCUAUCAAGACUUCUUUGAAGCAAUUCACCGAAGGGAGGACACGUUCUAUGUGGUGUCAUUCCGCAGGGACCACCUGUUACUCCCAGCCACCACACAUAACAAGACCAGGAGACCAAAGAUGUCUAUAGUGCUGCCAGCUGUAAACAUCAAUGAGAACGUGAUCAACGGGCAGGACUACGAGGUGAUGAUGCAGAUUGACUGUGAAGUGAUGGACACCAGGAUCCUCCACAUCAAAAGUUCUUCUGUCCCUCCGUACCUGCGCGAGCAGCGCAGGAAUCACAGCGGCACCUUCUACAGCUCGUCCCCCUCGGUCCCCGAGACGCCACACGCCCUCAGGGCCAUCGUCAAAUCCCUGCGGUAGCUCCUGUGGCAGCCACGGGGCAGCAGGUGCUGCCUCCAGCCCGAGCCCUUCCCUGGCAGCUCCUGGGGCUCCUGGCACAGCAGGGCCGGUUCCCUUCAGCCGUUCCUGUGCCUGACCCUGCCCGGGGCUGCACGGCUCCGCUGCCCGGGGUCAGUCCUGGGCCCUGCUGGCCAUGGGCUAUCCCUGCUGCGUGUCCACUGGCCACAGCUGGGGGGUCUGGGGCCCUGCUGGCCAUGGGCUAUCCCUGCUGCGUGUCCACUGGCCACAGCUGGGGGUUCUCUCCUGGUUUUGUCCCCGUGAGGCUGCUGGAGCUGGGCUGGUGAGCCAGAACCAAGGCAGCAGAUGCCCACCCUUGGGAUCGUGCCGCUCUCCCCGCAGUUCCUGGGCAGCCCGAGGAUGCCCUGUCCAGCCCCCAGCUGCUGGGCCUGACCACACAGCCCCUCUCCUCAUCAUUCCCUGCCCAAAUCCUGCCAGUGCAGGAGGCCCUGGCAGCCCAGCCCAGGCACCCAGGAGGGUGCUGGGACCCCGCUCUCACCACUAAAGCACUAGUUCUGCUGAGAACAGCCCCUCCGAGGCACUGCCAGCACCUGCCUGCCUCUCCAGGAUCCUGCUGCUGCCUUCCCCGGCCCGUGGGGCUCCACAGCUGAGGGCUUGGCCCAAAGGAAGUGAUUUCAUGCAGCAGAUGCAUUUGUAAAGUUUGGUUUUUUUUGAGUUUGUUGGGUUUUUUUCUUCCUGGUUUUUGUUUGCGUGGGUUUUUUUGUGUGUGCUGUUUAAUACUUUCCACUGCUAACAAGAGCCCGUGGAGCAGCACUGGCCCUGCUGGGGCAGAGGGGCUGCUUCAGUUCCGUGGGACACAGCCCCAGCACCUUCUCCUGACACCUCACACCCCUCUGCCCUGCCAGCACUGACACCCCUGGGCACUGAGGGAACGUUCUGUUCACCCCAGACUCUGGCUGCAGCCAAGUGCUGCCUCUCCAGAGCGUCUGUGGAGCUCUGUGCACUGAUCUGUCCCCGUUUGUCAGCCGAGCCCAGGCCGGAGCUGGGCCUAGCAGCUCCAGCACACUGGUGCUCGGCUGGGAUGGGCUGCCAGCAGAGCAUCAGCCUUGUGUAAUCACUUCAGCAUGUUGUUACAUUAUUUUUUCUCCCCUGUGCAGUUUGCACAGAAGAUGAUGAGUUUCAGUUUGCCAGCCAGCUGCCAUUCCUUCAUGCUCUGAGCGCUAACCGCCUCACGUGGGGUUUUCAAUUAUUAUUAUUAUUAUUAUUAUUAUUAUUAUUAUUAUUCGUGUAUGUGUGUGGCUGUUAGGAAAUCAAGGUUGACCCUGCACAAGACAAACAGCUGCAGGGGCAGGGAGGAGGAGGAGGAGGAGGAGGAGCAGUUCCCCCUGUGCAGUGUGUGGAAGAGCUGUGCCCUUUGCCAGGUCCCGCAGGCAGCGCAGGCCCCGUCCUGGCGGCGCUGGCGCUGCUGGAAGGAGCCGGGCUCGGCUCUCUGCUCACACCCGUUCCCUUUCCUGGCCUGGCCCCACCUGAGCGUGGGCCAGCUCACACAACAGGCAGAAAUGAAAACCCCAGCGGUGCCCCAGGCAGGGGCUGCUGGCUGCUCCGGGGAGCUGGGGAGGGCACCGGGCUGCUGGCUGGGCUUGGCACGGCAGGAAGGGCUGCUGGGGGCUGGGGGCUCGGGGCUGCUGCAGCACCACAUCCUCAGCCAGCACCCCUGGGCUCCGGUGCUGGAGAGCAUCUCUCAUCCUGUGUAAUUCU